AUGCCUGCCACCGAUGCCCUGCAGCCACCCCUCACCCCCGAAGAGCGCGCGAUUGUCAAAAGCUACGGCAGCUGGACCAAUUUCAUGCAGUCCUUUGGGCUGAAGCCGUGGGAUUUUGAUGAUGUUGAUGAGGGAAUGGCCAUUCUUCGCGCAUUUACUCAGCCUGAGGAGGAAGAGGAGACGGGUAAGGAGAAGGGCUCGAAGUGA